AGCAGCUACAGACUUUCAGGGCAGUGGUAGCUACACACCAUCUCCUAUUUCUGUAUUUGCAUUAGCGCCAAUUUAGAAAGAUGUAACUGGAACCAAACAGGAUUCUGCCGUCUGGAGGCUUGUGAGGAGGAACAGCUUGUCAGAAGUAACGCUGUUACUGUUUUCAGACGUGUUUUCGUCUGUGAAUUCGGCAGCUAAGCUAGCUUUGAGGUUAGCUUCUCUUCGGCUGGCUUGUCAGCGUCUGACAGACUGUCUGACCGGGAGAUAAUCAGCCAGUGUUUACCGUCCAAAUUCACCUUAACACUUCUCCCUCAGCCUGCCCGCUGCUGAUCAUCAGGGUAGAGAUGGGAAGUCUAGGCAGCAGGUUCCAGUCCCCCUCUCAGGGCCUAGAGGAGGCUGCAGAGGGCACAAGUACCAGCCGCAAGCACAAUUGUGAGUGUAAGAAGAGGAAAAGAAAUGCCCAGUGUGACUGUGACAGUGAACAAGAGGAGGACGAUGCCUUACUAGAUACACCUCGCAGGAAGAAACUGAAAAGCACAUCACGAUACAUUUAUCAAACCUUGUUCCUGAAUGGCGAAAACAGUGACAUUCGCAUCUCUGCUCUGGGACAGGAGUGGAACCUCCACAAAGUGUAUCUGUGCCAGUCAGGAUAUUUCUCCAGUAUGUUCAGCGGCUCGUGGAAGGAGUCCAACAUGAUGGAAAUCAACUUGGAGAUCCCAGACCAGAACAUCGACACUGAAGCUCUACAGGUUGUCUUUGGAUCCCUGUACCGGGACGAUGUCCUGAUCAAGCCCAGCAGAGUCGUCAGUAUUCUUGCCGCUGCUUGUAUGCUACAAUUGGAUGGUUUGAUCCAGCAGUGUGGAGAGACCAUGAAGGAAAACAUCAGUGCGAAGACCGUGUGUGGCUACUAUGCUUGUGCCAGUAUCUACGGCUUGGAUUCAGUCAUGAAAAAGUGUCUUGAGUGGCUCCUGAACAACCUGAUGACCCACCAAAAUGUUGACCUGAUGAAAGAACUUGGGGCAGAGGUGAUGGAGCAGCUCAUUCAGUCCUCAGACCUGUUUGUCAUGCAGGUGGAGAUGGAUGUAUACACAGCUCUGAAAAAGUGGAUGUUUGUGCAGCUCAAUCCCUCAUGGGACGGCCCAAUCAAGCAGCUUCUGGCUGACGCUGAUGCCUGGCUAUGCAAACGCAGGACUGACCUGUGUGAGAAAGAGCCCUUCUUGAACACAGAUGAAGGUGCACCCUUUCGUUCAGUGUUCAAAUACGUUCGCCUCCAGUAUAUCAUCAACGAUCUGGCAUCUGCACGCAUCCUGGAGAGAGAUAAUAUUUUGCCCCCUGAUUGGCUAACGUCAGUGUACAAAAACCAGUGGUUUGCCAUGCUCCGGACAGAGUUUGACAAUGACAAUGGUCCCCAGGAAGCUAACAAAGAGGAGUUUGAGCUGAGCAGUAUGAGGUGUGGAAGGAAGUUGACAAAAGAUGGAGAUUACUGCUGGCGAUGGACAGGCUUUAACUUUGGUUUCGACCUGUUGGUGACCUACACAAACCGCUUCAUAGUCUUCAAAAGGAAUACUCUGAGUCAGCCAUGUGGGGGCGCUGUGAGUCUGCAACCUCGGAGGCAUUUGGCAUACAGGUUACGUCUUGCCUCCUUCGAUAGCCGUGGAAAACUGGUCUGCAGUCGCUCAACAGGUUACCAGCUUCUCACCCUUGAGAAAGACCAGGAGUAUGUGGUGAUGAACCUGGACAGCCGAUUGUUGUCAUUCCCCCUCUACGUGUGCUGUAACUUCCUGUAUACAUCGCCUCAGUCGGACAACCGUCCAGAUUCCUCAGAACAAGAAAGCACUGCUCGCAUUGUGUCUUGAUGCCUGUCCAACUGCAAGCAUUCCUCUGGCGACGCCGAGACACUGACACAAGCUUGUAUGUACAAUCCACUGCCAUAUUUAACACCAUCUCCACAUUGGACAUAUCAUCUGCAUGCUCUGUAACUCAGUGAGGUGUGAUGGGAAAAUGUUUUGUAUCUAUGUAUUCAGUGUUUUGGCGCAUUCUGAGUAAUCUAUACAUGGAGUUUACAGUAUGACAGAGACGCAUCACAAUGGCCAGGAAGGAUUAGGUCACUCUUUGCCUUCAGAGUGGCUUCACUUCUCCUUGGAUGUCUGUCAUGAACUGUCUUCACUGAGAUGUUGAGCCAUUCAUCGAGACUGAAAACCCCCAGUCUUUUUUUGAAAAUCUUCUUUGGACUUCAGAACUUUAUAUAAUGGCCACAUUAUGUUUAUAUCUUGUGCUUGUGAAGACUGUGGAAGGGUUUCACUGUAUACUUGUGUUAACCACUCGGUGUGUAUGGGAGCAUUAUCAUCCUGAAAUGUGGGAACAUCACCAGAGGGUGAAACUGAAGAUCACACUGCGGAGCAAACCUCAAACCCAGUGACUUCCAUGAGAUUAACUGGAAUACAGAUCCACUUUUGACAAACAGAAACUGUUGGUUUAUGUUUGGAUGUUUCCAAAUGUUGAACCCACAUGUGACUCAAGAUGAUAGACAACUCAACAGAUUGUAAUUUGUCCAUCACUCAGAGGUUAAUGGACUGUCUCAGAAAAUCUAAUAACUGCACCACUAAGAUAACUUUAAACUUAAAGGGUGAAAAAAAAACGUAUAAUCGUCUGUGUUAGAAGAGCAGUUGUUGCACUGACUUGUAUGGGAAGUUUCAAGCCUGUUGUUUACUGUGGGGUGUGGAGAGAGGUGUGGUCCCUCGCUCUACUGAUGGGUGUGUUCGAAAACUCAACUCUGCCAGCACUCAAACUCUGUAAGAAGAGUAUUUUGCAUCUCUACCACCUGCUGCUGAUAGACCUGCCGCCUCGUUUGCCUACACUCCAUUUAAGCACACUUCCCCGCUGUUGCUUUUACAUACAAAGUUGCACGCCAACAGGGUUGAAUGGACCGCAGGUGAUGACUACACUCAACAGAUAUCCAACUUUAAAUCUUGCUUUUACUGCAUCUGUUUUAAAACUUUAACUCUUCUGGGUCAUGGGUUAAUGUCGCUUUGGUGGCUCAGUCUUACGUUGGGUUUGUCUGCAUGCUAUUCUAGACCAGAGCAACUUCUGUGAAGGCUUUCAGAUUGGAAAGUUCAUCACCUCUUCAGUAUUAUCUAGAGAAAACAGCAUCACCUCGUCCAGAGGUCCCGAUGGACUUGAAAUAUUAACUACAAAACCAGCAUCAUGAGGUCAGAAAGACUUAACCCAAUAACCUGUCUUCACGAGACACAAGGCUUCAGGAGUCUUAAGGUGUUUGCCUCAUUUACACAGUUUACAGUUAAAAAACGCUUUACUGACACCAGCGCUUGGAUGUUCACUGCGUACUACAAAUAUCCCCCGCUAUUCUCUCGUAGUUCAGUCAAUUCAUUUCAUUAUAUCAACUUUGUAUUGUUUUGUUAAGGCACGAGUGAGCAGUUUUUAGACUGCUCCCCUCACCACAUGAAGUACCUUUGCGGUUAUGUUUUUUUAAUUAGUUGAUUGUUUGUUUGGCAAUUUUGGAAAUGUAUUACCUCAUGUUGUUUGAAAUCUAAUAAAUAUGGGGAUUUUCAGACUUGUAAAGCAACUGCUAAUUCAUACUAGUCCAGUUUGAUUGUAUAGCUGCAUCUGUAACUGUCAUCAAGUUAAACGUUAAAGGUGUUUUUAUUUGGCAUUUAUUUAUUUUUUACUUCAUUUGUAUUUGUAUGGAUUUAUUUUUGCAAAGUAAAAUAUGUACACAAUUAUGAACUGCCAAUAAAACUGCCCAUUCACAUGGGCUGUGGUGCUAUCA